AUGGCUCCGUCCAAGGGCAGGAAAGACAGGCUAGCAGUGCCCAAGCAGCCAGUCGACGAGCUGGACUAUCAGAACGAACGGCUCCUUGAUGGAGCACUACACGACUUGACGGUCCAUGAACGCAUCGUGCAGCUUUGCAAGCAGCUCGGACUAGCAGACAGACUCGAAGCAGCUCGCAAGACCAUGUCAGACACCUUCACGCUCCCCGACGCGUUCUGGCUCGAUUGGCUUGCCGACAGACAAGCAUUAGCAAUGACUGUGCCCGUUGAACCCGAAAAUGUCGCUCUCUUGCUCAUGCUGUGUCAACGAGCUAUGCAAGACUACUUGUCUAUACCUAUCUCGUCAGUCUAUGCAAAGACAGUCAUCGACAUCUACAAGCGCGCUCACGGCUCCCAGGCGCUUUCGUCUGAUGACGCAGACGCGAUGGCAGAGGACACCUUGCCGGGCGAUCAAGCUCUUGCUCAGCAUGUCGACGCAGAUGUAGCCAGAAGUCAUCUAGCAGCAUGUGCAAAAUCCGCCUGUCGGCAUAUUACCGGAGGUCAACCAAUCUGGCGUGCCUACGUUGCUUUCGAAGAGGGCCUGCUCAGUCACAAGCGAUCUCUUGACCAAACCAGUCGAGUUGCCAACAUCUACUUGGAAAGACUCGCGCAGCCUCAUGCGGGUAUCGAGGACACCUUUCAGGCCUAUUCGACCUUUGUGAGCAACUUCGAGGACCAGGGCCAGUACGAGGACAAGAUGGUUGCUGCAAACGCGAUCGUAAGCGCCGCAAAGACAUCGUACAGUCUACGCGAGCGCUACGAGAGCAGGUUGACCCAAUUACAGUACACACCAGAAGCGUAUACGUCCUACAUCGACUGGGAGCUCGAAGUCGAUGCGCCCGAUCUGGCGCUCGUCGAGGGUCUCUUUGAGCGUGCUGUAAACGACAACCCAGCCUCUGUUGACUUGUGGGAUCAGUACCUGCGGCAUCUCACUCGUACCUUGCCCACCAUCGAUCUGGAAGAGAUUGACGAGGUCGACACGGAUGCUGCUAUCUUGGCUCUCGCCAACGCACAACAGCAGCUCGUAGCGGUGGCCGAGCGUGCCGUCAAGGCUAUACCGGGCGCUGGUCAGCUUUGGGCAACUUAUCUGCGGAUCUUGGAGAGAUGCGAUCAGAGGGAGCAGGUCCAACCGCUUUUCGAGCGAGCAACCGCCAUCCGUGCCGUCUUCGAUACAGUCGACAGCCUCGUCGACCUCUUCACCGCCAAGACCGACUUCCAUCGCAGAGAUUGGGAAGCAGUCGUCGUCGCUCAGACAAAAGAGCCCGAUGAGCUAUUUCAGGAGCCGGCAGACAUUCUCAACCAGGGUAUCAACACCAUCAACAAACGAUCCCGCGAUGGCGACCCUCAGUGUCGUUUGCAACACUAUCUCUCUCGCUUACUGGAACGAUUCGGUCAGCCUGAUGAAGCAGCCGCAGUUUGGAAAAGAGCAACGACAAAGCACAGCGAUGUCGCUGCAGCUCAUAUUGCUUACGCCGAGCUCGAAGCAAGGCGCAAUAACACCGAAGCAGCAAGAGAGAUCUAUGAGCGUGGCGCUGGCAAAAGACUCGACUAUCCGGAGUACCUUUUCUCGGCAUGGAGGAGUUUCGAGCAUCAGCAUGGAACGAUCGAGACGCUCGAAAAAGCCAGUCGGACAAUCGAGCAGAAGAUGAAGGGCGUGAAUGCAAGGAGACGGAAAGAGCAAGAACAGCUGUAUGCCUCUUAUGCUGCUCAAGCGCCUCAGCCUGCUUCGACCGCUGUCGAAACUGCUGUCGAACCUGCUCAACCCGUUGCUUCGACAAGUGCUGUACCAGCAGCGUCUGCUUCUCCCAUGCUGGAUACGAGGCCUACAGAGAAUGGGAGUAGCAAGAGGCGAGCAGAAGAUUCGCCCGAAGCUGUUGAGGAAAGCAUCGAUGAGGAAGGCAAGCGUGCAAAGACUGCGCAUACGCCUGCGCAGGACCUCAAGCGCGACAGGGAGCACACGACCGUUAUCGUGUCAGGUCUCCCUAUGUCGACGAAGGAACCGGCGAUAAGACGGCUAUUCAAGGACUGCGGCGAUAUUCGAGAGCUUCAAAUGCAUGCAAAGACCGACGGUGCUGUCGCUUCGAUCGAGUUUGUUGCACGCGACUCCAUUCUCGCCGCCCUGACCAAGGAUAAACGGAGGGUCGAGGAUCAAGAGAUAUCGGUUGCGCUCGGCUGGCGAUCAACGUGCUACGUCACUAACUUCCCCGAGUCAAGCGAAGACAAAGACAUUCGGACGCUAUUCGAACCGUACGGUGAGAUAUUGGCAACGCGAUGGCCCAGCAAGAGGUUCAACUCUGCCCGUCGAUUUUGCUAUAUCCAAUUCGUCAGUCCUGCCUCUGCAGAGUCUGCCCUGGCUCUGCACGGAACGGAACUAGAACCUAAACGCAAGCUGAGCGUCUACAUCUCUGAUCCAGAUCGAAAGCGCGCCAGGACAGACGCAGAUACGCAUCGUCGGGAGAUCCUCGUUAGCCAGCUGACACCUUUCGUGAAAGAGUACGAUCUACGCAAACUCUUCACUCCUUGCGGUGUCGUCACUGCCAUUCGCAUACAGACCGACGCAAAAGGUCUCUGCCGAGGCGCGGCCUUUGUCGACUUUGAGGAUGUGGCGGGCGCAGCAAAGGCACUCGAGCUCAAUAACACUGAGUUCAAGAAGCGUCACAUCGCUGUCGUACUUGCAAGUCAGCGUGGUCUGAAGGAGAAGCAACCGGAGAGCGGUCAGGGUCGCAAAGCUGAUGCGACGAGCCGAAGUGUCACUGCUACCGGGCUGCCAGACGGCGUGCUAGAGCCUUUGUUACAGCAAGUCUUUGAGCGAUACGGAUCUGUCAAAUCAGUCACUAUUGCAGAAGACGGCAAGACAGCUCAAGUCGAAUAUGAGAGCGAGGCGGUGUGUGUUCUUCUUGGUUUCAGCAAAGGCGCGCUGACUUGUACUGCUAGGACGUCGGCAAAGUCCUACUGCUACCGCCGGGCAGCAUCACUUACGAAGACGUAGAGCUACCGAUUACGCCUGCUGCGCCAGCACAAAAGGCAGGCAAGCCAACUGCUGCAGUGUCCUUCAUGCCUCGCGCAGCUGCAGCACGUGGUCGGGGCAGGGGAAGGGGUGGCAUUGGCUUCAAAAGGAGCGCUGCACCGACGCCGAAUGGGGACACGCCCGCGCCUCCCGAGAGCAUGCAGACAGAUCAGCCCAUGUCGGGCAUG